CGAGCGAGAAAGAAACUGCUGUUAGGAAGUUUGGAUGCAAAUGGCCACAACCACCAUGAUCUUUAUGAUUUUGGGGGCUUCACUUGUGAUGGCAGUAGCGUGUCUAACGGACAUGAACGCUCUACUAGACCGCUUUCACAACUACAUCUUACCACAUUUACGAGGGGAGGACCGCGUCUGCCAUUGCAACUGUGGAAGGCACCAUGUCCACUAUGUGAUCCCGUACGAUGGGGACCAGUCUCUGGUAGACUCGGCAGAGAACUACUUUGUGAGUGAUAGCGUGACCAAGCAGGAGCUGGACCUGAUGCUGGGGCUGCUGCUGGGCUUCCUCCUCAGCUGGCUACUGCUGUGGCUGGACGGGGCGCUGCACGCUGCCCUCAGGGCCUGGAGGGCCAAACAGCACCAUGAUGGGUUCUCCUGGUCAUGGGUUCCCCGCUUCUGUAACCUGAGAGACCUGGGGAGACGGGUGCACCUGAGGAAGCUGGAGGACUCCAGUGGGAACAUGGUGCACAUUAAACAGAAGCUGUACCACAAUGGACACCCCAGCCCUCGUAACCUCUGAGAGCCAUUGCACAUUGGACACCCCAGCCCACGCCACCUCUGAGAGCCAUGGCACAACGGCCACCCCAUUCCACAUCAACUCUGAGAGCAAUGGACUGGCUGAGACAGAUUGAGACCUGCUGUCAACUGACCAACCAGACUUUAGCCACAUGGGCAACUAAACAAUGACUAUCCAAGAUAUACCCUUCAAACCAUACUGUUUCUUAUGGACACUGGAUAGAGCACUUUCUCAAGUGACCCCAUGGUCUUCACCCACAGUGCACUCCUCACCCCCCAUAUUUUAUGUAAAAAGAUUGUAGUUAAUGAGAAUCCAUUUAGGAGGGCGUAAGCAAUUUGCCAGAGUGUGUCUGUUUUUGAAAAUAGUUAUAUAUAUUUUGUUUUAGAAUGUCAAUUUUGCUAGAAGUGGGGAUAGGGUGUAUUCAGUAUUUUGCUUGGGUUUUGUCAGUUUGUAAAAACGUGUUAAUUUUGCCUGAAGAUGUCAGUUUUGAAAUUAGAAUAUUUAUUUUGCUCGAGGUUGUUUAUUUUUGACAGGGGUUUGUGUAUUGGAAGAGGCACACUAUAUAUACAAAAGUAUGUGGACACCACUUCAAAUUAGUGGAUUCGGCUAUUUCAGCCACACCCAUUGCUGAUAGGUGUAUAAAAUCAAACACACAAUCUCCAUAGACAAACAUUGGCAGUAGAAUGGCCUUACUGAAGUGCUCAGUUACUUUCAACGUGGCACCGUCAUAGGAUGCCACCUUUCCAACAAGUCAGUUUGUAAAAUGUUUGCCCUGAUAGAGCUGCCCCGGUCAACUGUAAGUGCUGUUAUUGUGAAACAUUUAGGAGCAACAAUGGCUCAGCCGCGAAGUGGUAGGCUACACAAGCUCACAGAACGGGACCACCGAGUGCUGAAGCAUGUAGGGCAUAAAAAUCGUCUGUCCUAGGUUGCAACAUUACCGAGUUCCAAACCGCCUUUGGAAGCAAUGUCAGCACAAUAACUGCUUGUCAGGAGCUUCGUGAAAUGGGUUUCUAUGGCCGAGCAGCCGCACACAAGCCUAAGAUCACCAUGCACAAUGCCAAGCGUCAGCUGGAGUGGUGUAAAGUUCGCCAACAUUGGACUCUGGAGCAGUGGAAAUGCGUUGUCUUUAGUGAUGAAUCCAACUUCACCAUCUGGCAGUCCAACGGAUGAAUCUGGGUUUGGCGGAUGCCAGGAGAACGCUUCAUGUUCCAAUGCAUAGUGCCAAUUGUAAAGUUUGGUGGAGGAGGAAUGAUGGUCUGUGGCUGUUUUUCAUGGUUUGGGCUAGACCCCUUUAGUUCCAGUGAAGGGAAAUCUUUACACUACAGCAUACAAUGACAUUUUCAAUGAUUCUGUGCUUCCGAAGUUGUGGCAACAGUUUGGGGGAGGCCCUUUCCUGUUUUAGCAUGGCAAUGUCCAGUGCACAAAGCAAAGUCCAUGCAUAAAUGGUUUGUCAAGAUCUGUGUUGAAGAACUUGACUGGCCUGCACAGAGCCAUGACUUCAACCCCAUCGAACACCUUUGGGAUUAAUUGGAACGCCGAUUGCGAGCAUGGCCUAAUCGCCCAACAUCAGUGCCCGAACACACUAAUGCUCUGGUGGCUGAAUGGAAGCAAGUCCCAGCAGCAAUGUUCCAACAUCUAGUGGAAAGCCUUCCCAGAAGAGUGGAUGCUGUUAUAGCAGCAAAGGGGGACCAACUCCAUAUUAAUGCCCAUGAUUUUGGAAUGAGAUGUUCGACAAGCAGGUGUCCACAUACUUUUGGUCAUGUUUUGUACUUUGUGUCUAUUUUAGAAACUUUUCAUGUAAAAACUGUACUGAAAGGGGGCCUAGGGGACAGAAUGGAAUUAUAAAUAAUUAGGGGUGGGAAAGAGGACUGAAAUGCUGCCUGCUUGUCUAACUGUGUGGUGUGUACACUAUAUGCAAUGUGUCAAUAUUGAAGAACCAUGAGUAAAGCUACGGUUGUGUGUGUGUGUUACGGGUUACAGAAUUUCUUUGAUAUUUUGUCCAGAAGGUCAUCACCAUGGAAACCUGGAGACGAAAUUCCAAGACAGUUACACUUAGGAGCUCUAUAUAGUUGACAUAACACUUUACACUGAACAGCCAGUUGUAGAGCGCCUCCAUCAUGGUAACUUAGAAAGGCACUUCCUGUGGUAUAUGUACGCAAUAAGGCCCGAGGGGGUGUGGUAUAUAGCCAAUAUACCACGGCUAAGGGCUGUUCAUAUUCACGACGCAAUGCGGAGUGCCUGGACACAGCCCUUAGCCGUUGUAUAUUGACCAUAUACCUCAAACCCCUGAGGUAUCUUAUUACUAUUAUAAAGGGGUUACCAACGUAAUUAGGGGAGUAAAAAUACAUUUUUUGUCAUACCGGUGGUAUACGGUCUGAUAUACCACGGCUGUGAGCCAAUGAGCAUUCAGGGCUCGAACCACCCACUUUAUAAUUAUGAACUAAUAUCUAAAGUAGGUGCAACAUGCCCUUGUCAUGGCAUUGGAGAGUGAUGCUGUGUGAGAACUUGUCAUGGCAUUGGAGAGUGAUGCUGUGUGAGAACCUGUCAUGGCAUUGGAGAGUGAUGCUGUGUGAGAACGUGGUCACAAUUACUGUGACACAUUGGGAUUCUGAAUGAAUUCCUUCCUUAUGAAUUUGUCCCUAGGGCGCGGAAUGUAGACUCAUUCAAUUUUGACCCCCUUUCUCUUCCCUGCACCUCCCCCAUCUUCCCUUGACCCGUGCCUCUCUUCCCCAUCUCUGUCCAAACAUUGGUGUUGUAAAGAUUAAAUGUUGGUUUCAUUAAAAGGGACAACUGGGGUUUAACACUGA